AGCUAUCGGCCUACUGCAAUCCUUAGCUUAAGAUCUGCGGAACCGUCGUCAACAGACGGAAACACGGAGGCCGGAAGAGGACGUAAAGCGCUUCCUCUGCUGACCCCUGCCUUCUCAACGAAUUUAACAUCGUAGACUACUAAGUUACAACAAAGACAGGACACUUUGUGUCCUUUUUUGCAAACCAUUAUCACUCAAGUAUCCCGGCUCAGGAAGUUUCUGUCCAAGGUUAUACCCCACUUAAAGUUCUUUUCGCUGGGCGCAUCUGCAUAUUGUAAUCUAUGGCGCUUGACAUGUUUUGUUUUUCUUUUCCGAAAUUAUUUACUAUUAUCCAUACUAUUAAAAUAGAAUAAAAUAAUUUCAAGGUUUUGUUAGCAGAUGGUUUACGAAGUGUGACCUUGAGGAUUGAUCUACGAGAAGAAAUUUUACAAUCAAAUGGUGGGCGAUAUACAAAUUCAUCUAAAUCUUGUCUUCCGGAUUCCUUGUUCAAGGAUAUGAAUCCUUAUUCUAAAAAAGUUUGUAACGAUUGCGGGAAAAUGAUUAUUGCAGGCAAUGAAUUGCCUGUCAUUCAAGAAAAUCAUUUCCAACCUUUUGUUCAGGAUGGAGACCUAAUUCUUGAAGUCGAGUGUGGUUCGAAUAUUGGUUGGAUGUACUUGUCAAGGUUGUGCCAAGGAUCGAAAGGAGCUUCCAUCUUAUUUCAAAACGUUUGGCUAACACCUAAUGAGUUUCAGUUUAUUAGUGGUAGGGAGACAGCGAAAGACUGGAAAAGAAGCAUUCGACACAAAGGAAGAAGUCUCAAACUUCUCAUGGCAAAAGGAUAUUUUGACUUCCAUCCUUCUAUUUGUGUAUGUAAAGGUCUCUUAACAAAAAUCAGUCGUGGUACACCCUCAGAGCAAUGGACUCUGAUGCCUUAUGGAACACCCAUGAAAAAUGAACCUGGCGAACAAAAUAGUGCUUUUCAAGAGACAAACGGGGUGGAAAGGAGAGAGAAUGCGUUGGAAUCAUUGGAGAAAUUUUGCAACACUGAGUUUGAAACGUUAAACAAAAAUCAAACGAACAGCUUGGAUCAUUCUAAUCCAUGGAAAAUGGAUGUUGCGAAAAAACAACACAAUGACUCGAAAAGCUGCAGCAGCCCAGAAUCAAAGAAAGGGAAACAGUUAACUUCAAUUAUUGAUCAGCUGACAAUCAACAAAACUAAAGAUUCUACGUCCGAUUCCAAAAACAAGAAGAAGAAAGAUUUCCAAACUUCUUGGCAGCAGUUCAGUGCAAACGACGAUAAGGAGUCACCAUCGAGCUUAGUCUCCUGCGAGGGUCAACAACCAAGCUCCUGGAGACAGUGCGAGAUGCCUACGGACGCCCUGGCCUCAUCUUCUACCGGACACAACAACAACGCCCCGCCGAAAGCUGACCGAGGGACUCCCGACGCAGAAUCUUCCUCUUCUCCGUCCAUCUCGCCGCACUCGCCCAGCCCAGGAAGGGGUUUCCCGACACUGCUUGCCCCCUCUUUCGGGGGUCUGAGAGUGAACUCUGUGGCCCCUUUCUCACCUCCCCCUGGACUCGAGAGGUUCUCGCCGGCUACUGGGAAUCCAGCAAUCAAGCAAAUGGAGUUAAUGACUCGAAACUACAGCGACUUCAUGAGAUGUCUAGCUGCAAAGUACAACCAGAACAAUACGCAAGAAAGCUUUUCUCUGCCUCAGAGCAAUGGACUGAUGCGUGGUUAUGAUGCGUCUUUUCCUUACAAGGGAGGCUCUCCAUUUCUGGUUCGAAAUGCGGACAGUGACGGCAAUGGUGGUGGUUUAGGUGCUGGUCUUAACAGAAAAUUAGAAAAUCAGAACUCACCAAAUUCAUCCGAAAGCAGAAAUAACAAUAAUAAUAUUAACAGCAGUAGUGCAUCCCUUACUGGUGGGACCUGCGGAAUUUCUGAUUUCUCCUCGUCCCAAACAUUACUCAAUCUAGUUCGGACUGCCAGUGCUCAAAGUGCCUCACAACUCGAGAAUUAUCUGAAAGGAGCUGUGAAAAGAAGUGCAGAUGGGGAAAAUCGCUUGGAUCCUCUUGAUCUCACUGUUGGAGCCGUGAAGAGACCCAAACUCGAACUUGGUGUUGGUCGAGAUUUGAGGGAUUGUCGGGAUCUCUUCCACGGAGACACAGAAUCCACUCUAACCUCCGCAGGAGAAAGCAUAGGCAAUUCAAGGACAUUACCUUUGGGUUCAACAAAACCAUCAUGGAUGUCAUUGCUGGACAAAAGAAUGCAUUCAUCACCAACGUCUUCUUCAAGGACUUCACCAAAAAUCCAAAGUACAGAACGUUCGCGUUGUGUAUCACUUUGCGUUGAGAAAUCAUGCUCAUCUCAGUCAGAAGCUAAUGAUCUUUCUCAUUGGACAGUUGAUGAUGUGGUCAAGUUUGUUUCUUCAGUAGACACAUGUAGCGAAUAUGCCGAGAAAUUCCGUGAAGAAUCCAUUGAUGGGACAACACUGCCUUUGCUCACAGAAGAUCAUUUGACAAUGCACUUGGGAAUGAAACUCGGACCAGCUCUGAAGCUUAGAUCUACCUUGGCCCGACGGAUUGGACAUUGCGCAGUCUGCAUGCAUUGCGUCCAUUGCCAUGGAGAAGAUAAUACAGAUUCACGGAGGCAUGAAUCUUCUCGAUCUCCAACAGUCAGUAAAUGAUGCAUGAUCGUUGUCGAGUCGGAAAUAAAUGUUUGCAGACAGUGAGUGGCACAUGCUACGAAUUCUGACCAUCUGAUUUGAACGAUUUCGUUUCAUUUUAAAAGAUGCUGUAUCAUGUUUUCUAGAAGACAUUUUACUGACUGUGAACUCUGUGCAAGUUGGAAGUUUUUUUUAAUGAUUCACUAACAAAAUGUGCUUCAUAAGGAAAAGUUUGUAACUCAGACUGUAUAUUCUGUACUAAACCCAUGAGGCUUUUAAGGCUCAAGUUUCGUAAGUGUGACUUCUCAACACACUAAAAGUUACUUUUACAAAUGUUAAUCAAACGCUGAGUGCAAUUGACUGUUUCUUUCUUUAGAGUUUUACUAUUGAAUAUAUCAGUUUGUUUUGUAACCUUAAAGGUUAUUGAGUUUAUUUUCAUUUCACAUAUAGAAUAUUAUUUGGAGAGAUCCUUAAAGAAAAGAUAAAUAUAUUAUAACUUAUUUGCUGCAAAUGACUAGAGUUUGUAGCAAAUUAUGAGAAGAGUAUUUAAUUUUACUUCAAUCUGUGAAUAGUUUUACAUCUUUAAAAAGUUUGUCAUGUGUCUCUUUUCGAUAUGUCCCUGUGAAACUUUGAAAUAAUGAUUGUGAUUUAUUGCUGUGUUUGAAAUAUUGCUGUAAACUUUGAAAAUAUUUCGGAUUUUGAAAAAAAUUAGGUGAUUUUUUUUUCACAUACAACAUAGUUUUCAUUAAAUAAUGAAAGCUUAUAUAAUUUAAUUUUUCAAAGAAAUUUGUAUUUUAUUGGGGUAUUUUUCUUGUAUGAUUUCUGGAAAGCCAUCAUAAAAACGUCAGUAAAAUAAUUUUCUAAAAUAUAUUUCCUCUUAUAAAAAUGUGCAUUAAAUAGACUCUGGAUAAUGAAUACCUUCGCAUAUCAAAAAAGCAUGCGUUUAAAGAUAUUAUUUUCCUUUUUGAUAUUCAUCUCUAUUGCGUUAACUUAAAGUGUGUUUUUUUCUUUCGAUUUAUCAAAAUAAAACAUUUGCAUUGAAGCAUGAAAAUAAAAAGGGACAUUAAAAAGUUUUAUGUCCAAAAAUAUGAAAUAGGAGGGUCGGAUAAUAUAUGAGUAUCGUCACAAUAGCAUAAGAUUUUCAAAAAAGAAAUUAUUAAAAAACAUGAAAAGAAAAGACAUAUUACAACGAAUCUAUGUCCUUUCUUUGUUUUAUUUUUCUCAUAAUAGCUUUGCCUGGCAAUUUUAUAAACAAACCACUUUUGAAUGUGAAAAGAUAAAUACCCUUAUCACGAACCAAACGUUUCGUGAAAGAAAAAGAAGGGAAAGGAAAGGAAAAAAAAAAAGGCCGUGGGUUUUACAAAGAAAACCCGUUCCUGAAUGCGACAAGAUGCUGUACAAAAGGUACAAUAUUCAAGACAACUAUAGAAGUGUAUCAAGAAAACACAGUAGGCGGAUCACAGGUGCUCGAGGUCACAUACCACGAGUGACCCCCUGAGGGUGGAGUAGUCACAGUUCCACCAAGGGUCGACAAUGUCCUGCUGCAAUUUGCAAGACUUUCUUCGACGCUCCCGUUCACGCAUGCGAGCAUCCUCCGCAUUCAAGGACGCUCCCGUUCACGCAUGCACUCUCACGAAAGAAAGUGGUAGAAGGAUUCUGCACGCCCACGCAACACAACUUCGCUAGUGAAGUGUCUUUUAUGGAUUGCUUGACCACCCUUUGAUAUAUAUUCUCGAGGUCGAACACUAGUUCCGAGUCCUGGGGUGUCCCCAACCGACACACGAUUUCAACCUGUAGGUAACAUGAGCUGUCGUUGUAACAUUUUUGUUUCCAUCGAAUUUUGUAAGUUCAUACAACAGUUGAAUACCAACUAAGCUUCUGAAAAGUAAAUUUAAACUUAAAAUAUCACCUAUACGGAGUCGAUAUUUCUUGAAUGUGCAACAUACAUCAACUACUUUAAAUUCUUUGUAAAUAAACGGUUAGGUUAUACAGAUGCGCAUUUUUAUAUAAAGGAAUCCUGAGGUUACUCAACUACUAAGCGAUUUCACACUGAACUAUAAGAAAUAUGAGACACCGACGUUUUGGUCUCUACAGAGUGAUAUAAUUGCAUAUAAUAGUUAAAUACUUUGUAGGAAAGUAAAUUUUAGCUUCAAACAUCACAUGCAUCGAUAUAGUUCGCAAUAUAAGUUAAGAGAAAGUUUUGAGCUUUGUGCACAUUUUUUUUUAAAUUUAUUAGUAUACCUUGCAACAACAUAUUUUUGAAUAAAUCUAAAACAAUUGCAUUGUUAGGUUUAUAAGAAGCUGAAAAUCAAAUACUAAUUUCGUGUACUUUUCAAAGCUAGUUUUUGAAUUUAAUUUCCAAAUUUAAUUAUAAUUGGAAUUUCUCAAUUUAAUUUAUCAUUAAAACAUUUUUAUAGUAUAGAUAAUAGUAUAAUAAAGUAUUGGGACGAUCGUCACUCGUUUAUAGUACAACACUCUGUUAUAAUUGUUUUUGGAGGUUUUUAUAAUAGGGGAAAUCUAGUUACGAUGAAAAAAAAAUUUUGAAAUUGAAACUGAAUAAUUCAAAAAAAUUUAUUUUCUCGUUCUUUAAAAUAAACGAAAUUGAACGAUUGUUUUCACUUGAGCACAAAUUUUGGUGGUCAAUAGAAACAUAUAUUCAUUUGCUUGGAGAAUCCCGAAUUUAAAAAUUUUCAAAGCUACGUUUUAUUGAUAUGUGAUGGUUUCUGUUUUCAAACUUCUUAACAGUUAUAUAUAUGAGAGAUCGUAAUUUACCGGCGGAUUUUUAAAAAAUUUAGCCUUAAUUUUUUUUUAACCUUAAAGGUUUUUACCAGUACGUAGAAAACGUUUUUGUGAUGGCUUUCCGUUUGUUUCGAAAUUGUUUUACGUAUAAAAGAGUAAUUUUGAUUGAAUUAAAUAUUGAAACAAAAGAGUUAUUAUUUUAUGUAUAGAAAGUUAAUACCGGUUAAUUUUUUUCUUAAAAUAUUAUUUAUGUUGAGCUCUUGUAUACCUGUGAUUUUUAUUGUGUCUGUUGUUAAAAAAAACAUUCCUUUUGCUGUAUUAAAUUAAAUCUUCGAUUAUUAUUUCUAAAUAUGCUAUUUAAAAAAUUAUUUUAAGUGCAAUCUAUGAUUCUGAAAUUUUGUUUGAUGGCUAAAUCAGUCAUCAUACUAAAUUGCGCUAUUUUCUGUGUGAAGCUACUAGCCAGUGUAGCGAUCAGUGUAUUUUAUGUGUCUGAUCUGUCACCGUUGCUGUGACGUGAUGUGGUUCAACAACUUGUUUGGAAACAGCUCGAUUGGAAUAAUCUUUUCAAUACAUUAUUUUGCCUUGGGAACGGCAUCAAAUUAAUGAAUCUACAUAUAUUUCAGCUGGCUGAAAGCAUGUGUUAAGUGUUCCCAUCAGCAUUUUAGUUUUUUACGCCAUCAUAUUUCAGUCAACGAAGUUUUAAUUUGUACUAAUCUGAAAAUAAAAUAUGGCCUCUAUAAAUUCUAAGACGGAAAUUCGAUUCAGGUAUUUUGUAAGACGUUUGUAGGUUCAAGAAAGGUGAAGAAAAUUGAAACCAAAUUUGCCAACGGCUGAGAUAUAGAAGAUCUGUGUGUUCUAUAUCUAAUUUUUCAUUACUUUUGAGUUUGAAUGGUAGGCUUAAGAUUUUAUCAAAAUUAAUUGGACUCGAAAUAAAUAUCAAUACCGUUUUACUGCUUAUUUUUUUUUCUAUAUUUAUUGUCGUAUUAACAUUCUUUUACACAGCUACAAGGAUUUCAAGUUUACUCUGUAAGGUCCAUCCAUUCGUACUGUUUCCAAUCGCGUUGGAAGUAAAUACCGGUUUUUGCCUUAUUUUUUACUGCAUCUUAGAUUUUAGUUUUAUCCAAAGAUAUAUUUGUUAAAUGAUCUAGACGUUUUGUCUACUUGUGAUACUUCUUUUUUGUAUAUGUUGAUGAAACAGCUUUGCUGUAUCUAAAAAAAUCUUAUUCAAUUACGUAAUAUAUGCUUUUAUGUAGAUGGACUACGAGUCCCCUAUUUUCUUCAGUGUAAAUAGAUCGAUGUAAAUUUACUUCACAGAGAGUGGGUUUAAAUAAAGGAGGUUCAAGUAUA